CAAUUUGCUGACAGCAAUAAUAACUUGAACAACGCGUUAGGAGUUAAACUGUAAGCCAAUAGUUAAGCUUCUCCAAGAGUGCAAAAACAACAAAGUCAAGGUAAUAAAAGAGAUAGAGGCGUCAAGUUCUGCACUAAAGCGUCACAUAACGAGCUUUGACGCUCAUAUUCGACAUGGAAAUGGAAACCAUAUCCACAUUCGCUAAGAAACUUUGGUGUGUCAAGAAACAACUUAUUCUUUUCCUCACUCCACUUAUUCUUCUCCCGUUACUUUUUGGGCUACCGGAAAAGGAGGGGAAAUGUCUGUACGUGGUGCUGCUAAUGGCUGUGUUCUGGUGCACAGAGGCUCUUCCCUUAGCUGUCACUGCCAUGCUACCUGUUUGCCUCUUUCCAACCAUGGGAAUUCUUCCAUCCAAAAAAGUCUGCCCUCAGUACUUCCUCGAUACCAAUUUUCUCUUUCUCAGUGGUCUUGUUAUGGCAUCAGCUAUUGAGGAAUGGGGUCUGCAUCGCAGAAUAGCUCUGAAAGUUCUUAAGAUUGUUGGAGUCAAACCAGCCUGGUUGAUUUUGGGAAUGAUGAUCACCUCCGCCUUCCUGUCCAUGUGGCUCAGUAACACAGCAACAACGGCCAUGAUGCUUCCCAUUGCUAACGCCAUCCUAGAGAGUCUCUUUGGAGACCUGGCCACUCUGAAGGAAAACUGUAAGGUGAAAGACGAGACAGAGGGUCAAGCGCGAGUAAAGCUGCAUGCACUGCCCUCUGAAAAACAGAUAUUGUCUAUAGACGGACCUGAUCGGAUGGAGCGUUCAGAUGGGAGUACUGCAGAGGAGAUCAGGAUAGAGUCAGAGUACCAGAUGAAGGUGUGGAAAGGCUUCCUGAUAUGUAUCCCGUACGCUGCCAGUAUCGGAGGGACUGCCACCCUGACAGGCACUGCACCAAACCUCAUCCUCAUUGGACAACUUAAGAGUUACUUCCCAGAGUGCGACUUGAUCAAUUUUGGCUCUUGGUUUGCAUUCGCAUUUCCUCUCAUGGUGUUCUUCCUCAUCUUGGGAUGGCUAUGGAUUUCUUUCCUCUACGGGGGCUUGAAUACACGGUUGUGUGUGAAGAAACAGGACGAAAGAGCACAAGCAGAGGCGAAGGCUGAGGCUGUGAUUGAUGAAGACUACAGAAAACUAGGCCCCAUAAAUUUUGCAGAAGGAGCCAUCGCAUUCUUUUUCAUUUUGUUUGCCGUUCUCCUGUUUACAAGAGAUCCUAAAUUUGUAACUGGAUGGUCCACGUUUUUCAACAACGGGUAUGUGUCAGAUGCGACCACUGGAGUGAUCAUUGUGUCAAUCCUAUUCUUCUUCCCUUCCCAAAAGCCCUCUCUUAGCUGGUGGUUUGAUUCUAGAGCCCCAAAUACUCCAUAUGUUCCUCUACUAUCAUGGAAGAAAGCACAGGAAUGUGUCCCAUGGAAUAUCAUUCUGUUGCUGGGUGGAGGCUUUGCCAUGGCCAAGGGAUGUGAGGAGUCAGGACUGGCAGCGUGGAUAGGAGCCUACCUCCAGCCUAUUGCUCAGAUCCCUCCUGCUGUGGCAGUCAUGUUUAUCACAGCUUUCCUGGCCUGCUUCACAGAGUUCGCCAGCAACACCGCCACCAUUAUCAUAUUCCUGCCCGUCAUCGCUGAACUGGCUAUGUUUGUCAAGGUGAAUCCUCUUUACUUCAUGAUACCUGCGACAACAGGAUGUUCAUUUGCCUUCAUGUUGCCAGUCUCCACCCCUCCCAACUCCAUUGCCUUUGCAUCUGGCCAUCUUUUGGUGAAGGACAUGGUGAAAACAGGCUUUGUGAUGAACAUUUUGGGCAUUUUAUCAGUUUCUCUGGCCAUGAACACUUGGGGUCGUGCCAUGUUCAGUUUGGAGACUUAUCCAGACUGGGCUCGUCCAGUCAACAUGUCCAGUACUGUCACAGAUAUACAGUUCCCCUCCGUCCCACCUUUCAACCUUACUAGUUUGUGAUACACUGCAUACCGUAGAUCUGAAGCUUAUCCAAUGCAAAGUGUUACACGGUAUUAUAUAGUAAAUACUUGAGCAGCAUUUCUGAAUAUGUACAAAAGUCAACUAUAGAUUUGGGGAGCUGUUACUUUAAGUUAUUUAGCCUAUGGUGUGAUGGCUAUACCAUGUUGCUAAUGUCCUGUACACUUUUAGAUUUUGCCAUUUGCCUACUGUAUACUAUAUGAGUUUAGAUUUUUUUUGUUCAGGCUCUCCUUGUGCUCUACUUCUUCUGUCGUGUAGAUUAUACUAAGUUCUAUCAGCUAAUUUUCUUGCUUGUCACAUGCCACGAACCCCUGGUCUCCCAGAUGUGUCCAAUGUUUUGUCCUGGUUUGUUUUAGGUCCCCAUGCCAAGUUUCCAUUUGAAGUGAAUUUGUUUGGGCAGGGCAGGGGGUGACAGAAUAGACAGUGGUUGGUCUGUCUGUUGUUACAUUCUCUUCCACAGUUAUACAACAAGUCAUGUCGGACACCAUUUUUGUCCAGACACCGGUGAUGUCUGUGUCAUCAUUCUGUCACUAUGCUUGCUGAAAUGACUUGCAUCUUAGGGACCUCUGCUGGUCAGUGUGCCACUUUGCGAGUGUCCGUCUCAUUCGUCUCUGUAACAUUCCCUAGAUAGUGUUUGUGAGGAUAAUCCUUAUUGAUUAGGGUGUUAGCAGUCUGCUUGAUGAUAAUAGAUCCAAUCCAUUUCAUCACACUGAACGCUCAUCCUCCAAGUCCGCCACCUACUAGUAAAUCACACUGAAUGCUCAUCCUCCAAGUCCGCCACCUACUAGUAAAUCACACUGAACGCUCAUCCUCCAAGUCCGCCACCUACUGGUAAAUCACACUGAACGCUCAUCCUCCAAGUCCGCCACCUACUGGUAAAUCACACUGAACGCUCAUCCUCCAAGUCCGCCACCUACUGGUAAAUCACACUGAACGCUCAUCCUCCAAGUUCGCCACCUACUAGUAAAUCACACUGAACGCUCAUCCUCCAAGUCCGCCACCUACUGGUAAAUCACACUGAACGCUCAUCCUCCAAGUCCGCCACCUACUGGUAAAUCACACUGAACGCUCAUCCUCCAAGUCUGCCACCUACUGGUAAAUCACACUGAACACUCAUCCUCCAAGUCCGCCACCUACUGGUAAAUCACACUGAACGCUCAUCCUCCAAGUCCUCCACCUACUAGUAAAUCACACUGAACGCUCAUCCUCCAAGUCCGCCACCUACUGGUAAAUCACACUUGAACUCGAUCCUCCAUUGGACUUUAGUUGACACACAACAAGAGUUUGUGAAUUAUUCAUGAAAAAUACUUACCUAGCCCAUGGGGUCACUGGCUGCACAUGUUUUAACACAUUCUAAGUUACACACAGAAGGUCAUUUUUGCUUUUCAUCAUGUCUUUAAAAUCCAGAAAUCCUGAUUUUCUGAUCUUAUUUCAUUUGAAGUAAUCAUUAGAAAUGUGGUACGUGGAAAUCUAAUUAACAAUUUUCUACCAUAGUUUGUAUUUUGUGUAGUACGUUUAGGUUUAUCAAUGCACAUUUUGUCGCUUUGUUAUUUUCUUAAUACUACUGUUGUUACCAAAAUAAAACUCAACAGCAAA